AUGAGGAAUUUCAUCAACAUGUCUGCGCUCACUUGUCGAAUGACGUACAAUACUGACCAUGGCAACAUGCAUCUUGUCCUGGCCGACCAGUGUGACGUUGCAAGCUUUGUGGAAUCCUCCAUCUAUCUCAACGAUAAUUAUUCCGCGCACCAACAUGUUCCUGUUGAAAUUGAACAGGCCAUGCUCCUGGACAAGAAGUUGUCACGGAAUCUUCAGGCUCGCCUCAGAGAGCUGAUCAAGGUUUCAGGGAAUGGAGUCAACACUGGAAUCACUAAUGCCUAUGGGCUGGAAGGCCUGAACGCGGGUUGGGAAUUUUUGGUUGGCAAAGAGAAUAGGUGGCUAUUCUCCACUCGUGUGGUCAAGUCGGACAGCGUCAGUCAGUCCUGUCAUUACGACAUCUUGUCCGGAACCUUCUUGUUGGAUUGGAGACGUAUUGGUCGACUCCCUCCGGAGUAUAUGCGUGCUCCAAUUUACGCUAGAUUGUUUGGUUCGCGUAUACUCAACGUUACUCAGUCCCACCUGAGCCGGAUGGAGUAUAUGUCAGUCAAACCGAUCAACGGUCACGAGGUGCACCUGACAAUGGAGGAAGGUGAACUUCUCGUCGAAGCCAAAAUUGGGGAUUCCCAUCUCCGCCUCAUACCUCAUACGAUCCUGAAGCCCGAUCUGCCUGAGAGCCUCAGCGAGAAAUUCGUCCAUUGGAUGGAUUUGCAACGUGGUGAAAUCGAAUUCAGGCCGCUUGCGUUUGCUUGGAAUCCGCCUGAGAGGCCCUGGAGGCUCCAUCUUCACAACAGUGCCGGCCCUUACAUGGAUAUGGACAAUAGACGACUGUUGGAUCGGGAAAGCCGUUUGGCUGGAUCGAUUCUUGACAUUCUUCAGACCCUAGAACGGCGUGAUCACAUCAUCAUCACCUCCAAUGCGGCUGGAGUUGACAUCGAAAUCCCUCGAAUGCGGUUAACAUUCACCGUGAACCAGGCCGGCGGCUUGGAAUCGAAACAGCUUGGAGCAAUUGUGGAUCCCGACCAAGAUAUCGGAUGCUUGAUUGGAUUGCGGAACAAGCUCGUGCUCCGACACCUGGAUCUGCAUCCAAACACUCAGGAAAGGAGUGUUCUUGUACCAUACGGCGAGUUAUCCACCAAUAAACAUGACGGCCACAGCCAGGUUGAGAUAGUCCUUGGCCACACGCAGAAACUGUCUUUCAUGCACUAUCAACUGGAUACCAGACUAGCGCGUCUGCGGAAUCAGCAGGGUUUCCUCAGCCAGCUGUAUCUGGCCUAUUUGCAUGCUGUAACAAGCUCAGUGGUGCCUGACCCACUCACUGGCUACACUGGUACUCAAGAGGCCUUGCGGAUUCUACGAGAACAGUCACUGAGGACUUCGACUCCGAUCAGCGAGGAGGCUGUUCCGUUGCUCAAAAAAAUUGCAGCCCUAACUCCUGCGCGGCACUUCUAUCCGAAGAAUUUGAAGAAGAUGCAAACGAUUGAAUGGGAUCCGGAUCUUGGUGAACUAAUGCAACAUGAGGACUUCCAAACUCUCGUUGCAGACAUUGUCCUCCAUGCAUCUCAGGUCAGCAUGCUACAACCAGGACCGAAUACUGCUUCGCUUUUGAAAGAUCGAGGAAACUCGGACCUUCUGCGAAGGGCAUCGAAUCGCAACUCGUCGGUUCGCAACACGGACUUGGGAGUAAGAGAGAAGGCCGACAGUGUGUACCAUGCAAGAGACGGCAACCUCGAUAGCGAUGGAGCCCGUCGCGUGCUCAUGCGCUUGUUCUCAAUGGUUGUUUUCGAACAGGAUAGCUCCCUUCCAAUAGUACGGAGCCUCCUGGCCAUCGCAUGCUCCCCGCAAUUCAAGGAUAUCCGACCUUUGAAACCUUCGUACGACCUCACCUCAGGGGAGGGGCUCGAUCGCAACGAAAUUCAAAAGACGGUCUUAGCGCACAUAGAAGAUCCCAAAAGACGUUACGACGAAUCGAAAGACCUCUGGGAUCUGAGGCUCAAAGAAUUCCGCCACGAAAGGAACGAAGAAGUACAGUCAGCCGUCAAUCACAUCUGUAGCCAAUGGCCCUGUGAUUCUCCUACCGUGUUACGAGCUGGUCAUCUCCUCCAUGGGAAAGAGUAUUUGGUUCAAAGGGAGUGCGAGAUCCUCUUUACGGCGUGGAACGACAAUCGAAAGUUCAUGAUGCACAUUUCCGACUUGCAGUCUGAACUUUCGAAGAUUCACUGCAAACGCGAAGAGACACCACGACUGGUAUCUGUGUCAAGGCUACAGCUCACCCACCACAAGACUUCAAUCGCUGUAGCGCCCGACUUGACAAGCCUCCUCUAUGCGAGGGUUCCUCCAAAGUCGCCGAUCAUUCCUGCACCACUUGAGGCAAGACGGCCCCGUCAAUGUGCGAAAUCUUUGCCAGGCUUGGAAGAACUGGAAGAGACCAUACACAGCAUGAAGAAUGACAGUGAUGCUACUCGCAAGGCUUAUGCUGAAGACCUGGAAGCUAGCCUUAAGUCCCUCAAGGAUGCGGAUGUCCCCGAAACACCCCGCACAAUUCCGUUGUCGAACAACGAGCUUCUUACGCACCAAGCAGCAUUGACAAAGCAGUUUGCUGGCUCCCUCUGCUCUUUCAAUCUGGCGUUGAGCCCGAGGACGGUCUCAGAGCUGUCUUUGCGCGACGCAGGCCUGUGGCCACGCAUCGAUGCGGCGUCACUACUUGCAUGCCUGUCUGCGCAUCGGCGGGCAUCAGUGCCUGGUCCUUGGAAAGAAUUUCUCGUCUCCUUGGGCGAGCUACUUUCAUCCCUCCAGAGACUUGAAAGACUACUAAGUUUCAGUCAUCGGAAUGAUGUUCUGGGCUUCUACAAAGAAGCCGAGGAGCCGGGACACCAAUCAUGGAGUGCUACCGACUUUCCCGACUGGCUUCUCAUUGAAAUCGAAAACAAUCUGACUAUUCGCGAGAUCCAGGCUGAAGUGGCACAGAAGAUGAUCCAACCGGACCAUGGAGAAAACGCAGUUCUGCAACUCAACAUGGGGGAAGGGAAAUCUUCUGUUAUUGUUCCAAUGGUAAUGACCGCAUUGUCAGACGGCAAGAACUUGGGGAGGCUCGUUGUCCUCAAGCCCCUCCUAAAACAGACAUUGGAUUUACUUUCCCAACGUCUCGGUGGUCUAGUGGAUCGCCGCAUAUUCCACGCACCAUUCACACGAGAGAACCGCCUCGACGAAACUGAACUUUCUCAGCUCCGCGCGCAUUUCGAGAAAUGCCAGCGAGAUCAAUGCAUUGUGGUCACUCUUCCGGAGCACAUGAUGUCGUUCCGGCUCAUGGGCCGCGAACGCCUUCAGACCCAACCCCAAUUGGCCUGGGAAAUGGUGGGCCUGGAAAGGUGGCUCGGUGUGACAUGCCGCGAUGUCCUUGAUGAGAGUGAUGCUAUCCUCGACCCACGUUUUCAACUGGUAUACUCCAUGGGCACUCAGAGGAUCAUGGACGGCCAGCCAGAAAGAUGGGUCAUUACUCAGAGGGUUCUAGCACUAUUCGCACGUGAGGCCAGCCGCCUGCAAACUGAGGGCUGUCGAGAUGUCGAAGUGGACCUUCGAGGACGCAGCUUCCCCAUCAUCACGUUUUUGAACCCGGAUAUCGGCCCCACGAUACUAGACCGGGUCGUUGACGAGAUCCAGCGCGGGAACCUCCUUGGCCUUUCCCUUUCGCACUGCACAGCCAGUGUGCGCCAGGCUGUCGUGGCGUUCAUUCGAGACCGUUCCGUUUCCCAGCCCAUCUUGGCACUUGUGGAGCAAGAGUUUGCAAAUUCUGCAAUUUGGAAAAUCCUACUUCUACUUCGCGGGUUGAUCGCCAACAACAUUCUGUUGUUCGCCUUCCAGCAGAAGCGCUGGCUAGUCAACUACGGCCUCGAUCUCUCGCGCUGCAUGAUGGCAGUGCCAUAUCGAGCUAAAGGAGUUCCAUCGAUCAGCGCCGAGUUCGGCCAUCCGGACGUCGCUAUUGUGCUUACCUGUCUAAGCUACUAUUACAGCGGCUUGACUCCAGAUCAACUGCGGCAAGCAUUCGGCCACCUCUUCCGUGAAUCCGACCCUGACAGCGAGUAUCAAUUAUGGGCACAAGAUUGCCCCAACAUUUCCAUCCAGAGCCUCCAUGGAGUUAACCUCGAGGAUGAACGAUCAUGGGAAGAAAGCAUAUAUCCACAGUUGCGAUUCUCGAAGUCUGCUGCAGACUACUUCAUGACGACCGUAGUCUUUCCACACGAAGGAAAGGAAUUCCCCGCGAAGUUAUCGACGUCGGCAUGGGACAUUCCAUCUGAGAUGCAAGCAACCACUGGAUUCAGCGGUACCAAUGACAACAAGUUUCUUUUACCUCUGUCAAUUCGCCAGAACGAUCUGCCUCAACUGCAUCGCACGAACGCAAUGGUAGCUAACAUGCUGCUCCAACGGGAAAACCGCGAAUACGUACAGGCCAAGGACACGUCCGGGAAGAAGCUCAGUGUCGAAGGACUGCUCGCACUAUUGUGCUCCCAAACCCUUCCGAUUACAGUUCUCAUUGACGUCGGAGCUCAGGUUCUCGAGGCGAGCAACGAAGACGUGGCCAGAAAAUGGUUGCAACUUUCUCCCGAUUCCCCUGCUGCGGUCUUCUUCAACGAGGCAGAUGAAUUACGCGUAGUAGAUCGGCACGGAUUCGUUGAACAGCUGUCCCGCUCUGCAUUCCACCGGAACUUGGAGAAAUGUUUGAUAUAUCUCGACGAAGUGCACACUCGUGGAGUGGACAUCAAGAUGCCAACAUAUGCCCGCGCUGCCGUCACGCUUGGGCCGAAGACCACGAAAGACCGUCUUGUCCAAGCCUGCAUGAGAAUGCGCAAGCUUGGGUGCCACCAGUCUCUGGUUUUCUUCGCCCCGCCAGAAGUGCAUCAAGAAAUACUGGCGCUUUCAGGAAAGGAGCCAGGAGUCGACUUGGACUCACGGGAUGUCCUUAGCUGGAGCUUUGAUCAGACAUGCCGUGCGACGAGCUCCAUCAAGCCGCUUUGGAUCAUGCAAGGACUGGAGCACAGUCAUCGAAAACGCCUCUGUGCAGAAUACCUACAAGGGUCUGCUUUGGAGCCGUCCCAGAUCACUGAGUUUUGCACCCACUUAGAAGAACCUGAAGGCCGUACUCUAUAUGAGAUGUACGGCGAAGGCUCUGGCCAAGCUGCUUUCCGUUCCUGCCUCACUGACGAAAAGGCCCACCAAGACCCAACCGUUCAACAUUUACUGUCAGAAUGGGAACUAUUCAAAGAGGGCCAUAGCAGAGACUGGUCUCUCCAAGAAGAGCAGGAAAGAGAAAUAGCACAUGAAGUGGAGCAAGAACGAGAGCUCCAGCGGCCUCCCCCGGCGAAGGCACUUCCACACGAGAUUGAUCCCGCGCUGAGGAAGUUCAUCCAGACUGGACGCCUCGACGAUGCUUCUAUGCUGUGGCAGAUACUCUUCUCGUAA